AUGAGUGCCAAAAAAAUAUGUGUUGAGAAAGACCAACGAACCUCUGAUGAUGAUGACAAGGAUCAAAAAGUUGUCAUCGAUUCACUGGAUUACGACGCAUUAUCACAAAUCUUCAUGUUGCUGCCAGUACCAGAAAGGAUAGACAUGGAAAAAGUUUGUGUCAAAUGGAAAGAUGCAUGUCAACGAGCUUGGUAUGACACUAAAAAAUACAAAUGUGAAUCAUCAAUUGGACGUUCAUAUAAUAACCCUGAAAUUCCUCUUAAAGGAUGGAUAAACUGUCAAAAAUUACAAUAUCUUGGUAUUGGUUGUGAUAUAUCGCCUGAGUUAGCAAAUACAAUCGUUGAAUAUUGCAAGAAUUUGAAAAAUUUGAGAAUACAUACUCGUCAACACAUCAAUAAUACUGCUUUAAAAAAGUUAACGGAGCUGGAAAAUCUUGAAUGUUUAAUUUUGCUUGGUCGUUUUAUGCUCGAAGAGGAAUCAAUAAUCGCAAUUUCAAACAAUUGUAAAAAACUUAAAUGUUUAGAAAUUGCUUCUGGUUCUAUUUAUGGCGACUUUCUUUCUUAUCCAUCUGUUAUUGAUGAGAUAUCAAAACUGCAAUAUCUUGAACAUUUAAAAUUGCGUAUAGGAAGAUAUCUCGAAGAUAGUACAAUUAUUGCCAUUGCUGAUAAUUGUAAAAACCUAAAAAGUUUAGACAUUCCAGGUUGCUGUGCUAUUACUGAAAAAGCUCUCGUUGCUUUAACAAAGUUGGAAAAUUUACAAAAACUAGUUGUUAGCAUGCUUAAUAUUACUGACAGCUUCAUUAGUAAAUUAAAAGGAUUAAAAGAAUUGCACUGUGCUCGUUGCAAGAAUCUUACCGAUACUGGUAUCAUUCAAUGUAUAAAAAAUAACCCAGAUCUUACAAAGCUCAAUGUCGUUGUCUGUGUCAAAUGGAAAGAGGCAUGUCAACUAUCUUGUCUUGAAUGUGAAUUUGACGACAAUUUAUUAAUUUAUAAGGCUGAUCACUUUGUUCAAGCAUUUACACAGUUGGAUAAAUUAAGAUGCAUAAAAAUAACAGUGAAUAAUAAGUCCUAUUUUGAAACAGUUAAUUUAUCUGAAAUAAUUAAUAGUCUUCCAGAAGAAAUUCAAGAAAUUCAUUUAUUUUUAGAAUCUCGGUGGACACAAAAAGGAACAGUUCCUAUGUCUUUUAAAAAAUUUAAAAAACUUCAACAAUUGACAGUACAUGGCCUCUGUUUAGAUAACAUUUUUCAAGAAAUUGCAGAAAAAACUACACUUGUUUAUCUUAACAUUCAACUGUAUAAUAUACACAAAAGGUUUUUUUUAUUUGAUAAACUCGUUAAUUUGGAACAUAUUGACUUAAGGCUGUACGUGUACCCUAGAAGACCAUAUGAAGCUGACGCUGACAAAGUACUGUAUACUAUUUUUUGUACAUGCAAAAAUCUAAAACAUCUUGAUAUCGCACAUGGUCCUUAUGAUAUAGCUAAAAUUCCUCUCAAAAAAUGGAUAAACUUUCAAAACUUACAAUAUCUUGCUACUUCUUGUGAUAUGACGCCUGACUUAGCAAAUACAAUCGUUAAAUAUUGCAAGAAUUUAAAAGACUUGAGGAUACAUAGUCUUUCUCACAUUAUGGAUGAAACUGCUUUAAAAAAGUUAACAGAGCUGGAAAAUCUUGAAUGCUUAUCAUUGCUUAGUGGCGUUACACUUAAAGAGGAAUCAAUAGUCGCAAUUUCAAACAAUUGUAAAAAGAUUAAAUGUUUGGAAAUUUCUCAUGGUUCUAUUUAUGAUGACCGGCCUUCUUUCCCCCUCCGUUUAGACAAGAUAAGCAAUCAAGAAAUAGCAGAAAAAACAACACUUGUUCAUCUUAACUUUCAACUGUAUGAUAUAGACGUAAGGUGUUUUUCAUUUGAUAAACUUGUUAAUUUGGAACAUAUUGAUCUAACGCUGCACAUAGACACUGAUGGAAGAUUGUAUGAAGCUGACACUGACAAAGUACUCAAUACUAUUUUUUCUACAUGCAAAAAUCUAAAACAUCUUGAUAUUGCACGUUGUUCUUAUGAUGUAGCUCAAAUCCCUCUUGAAAAAUGGAUAAACUUAAAAAACUUACAGUAUCUUGCUAUUUCUUGUACUAUGAUGCCUAAAUUAGCGAAUACAAUUGUUGAAAAUUGCAAGAAUUUGAAAGACUUGAGGAUACAUAAUCUUAAUCGAAUUAUGAAUAAUGCUGCAUUGAAAAAGUUGACAGAGUUGGAAAAUCUUGAAUGUUUAUCAUUGCUUGAUUGCAUUGAGCUCAGUAAGGAAUCAAUAAUUGCAAUUUCAAACAAUUGUAAAAAACUUAAACGUUUAGAAAUUCCUUUUGGUUCUAUUUAUGAUGACCCUCCUUCUUCCCCGUAUGUUUUUAAUGAGAUAUCAAAGUUACAAUAUCUUGAACAUUUAGAAUUGUGGAUGGGAGAAUAUCUUAAAAAUGGUACAAUUAUUGCUAUUGCUAAUAAAUGUAAAAACCUAAAAAGUUUAGAAAUUCGAGGUUGCAGAGCUAUCACUGAAGUAGCUCUCGUUGCUUUAACAAAGUUGGGAAAUUUACAAAAACUAGAUAAUUUACUUAAAAUGGAUGCCAAAAGAAUAUGUGUUGAGAAAGACCAACAAACCUCUGAUAAUGAUGACAAGGAUCAAAAAGUUGAUAUCAAUUCACUAGAUUACGACUCAUUAGCACAAAUCUUCAUGUUGCUGCCAAUACCAGAAAGGAUAAACAUGGAAGAAGACUUGAGGAUAGAUAGUCUUCAUCGAAUUAUGAAUGAUGCUGCUUUGAAAAAGUUAACAGAGCUGGAAAAUCUUGAAUGUUUAAUGUUGCUUGGUAUCGUUAAGCUCAAAGAGGAAUCAAUAAUUGCAAUUUCAAACAAUUGUAAAAAACUUAUACGUUUAGAAAUAUCUUCUGGUUCUAUUUAUGAUGGCCCUCCUUCUUCCCCGUCUGUUCUUGAUGAGAUAUCAAAGUUACAAUAUCUUGAACAUUUAAAAUUGUAUAUGGGAAAAUAUCUUGAAGAUAGUACAAUUAUUGCCAUUGCUGAUAAUUGUAAAAACCUAAAAAGUUUAGAAAUCCGAGGUUGCAGUGCUGUUACUGAAACAGCUCUCGUUGCUUUAACAAAGUUGGAAAAUUUACAAAAACUAGACAGUUCUGCAUAA